AUGGAUUACUGGGAAGUUGUUGAAUACGGAAAGAAUAAAAAUUAUAAAAAUCACAAUCAUUGUUAUAAUGAUGUAGUUGAUAUCAUUAUCGAUGAUAGAUGUCAACUUGAAAUCUUAAUAAAUAAUUUUGAUAAAUUUUAUCCAAGAAACCAAAUCAACAAUCAACAUAUUAUUUUUGGUGAUAAUGAUGGGUUACGAUCAGUUGGUAACAACAACGAUGGUGAUGAUAUUGUCAUUGAAAAAACUGAAAUUUGUAUAGAUCAGCAUCGUUAUGAUAUGCCUGGGAAAUACCCAAUUGAAUCCAAAUCAGAACAUGAAGAAAUGAUUCGUGAAAAAGAGAAGGACACUUAUAAUUAUCUUAACAAUGAAUAUUCAAAUAGUAGCUCAACAAUUAUAAAUUCAAGAAAAAAUCAAUUAAAACCCAAUCGGUUUCCAAAAUUCUUAGCACUCGAUAUAACACUUGGAAAUAAAAAUAUUAGCAAAUAUUUUGACAUGAAGCAAGAGGAUUGUGAUGGAUUUGUAUUACAUAAAAUCAUAUAUGAUGCAUUUAAUAAAAAUGCAGUAUAUUAUUUUGAAACAGAAUUUCGAAAUCUUGUAAAAUUUAUUCUAGAUUGUUCGUUGAAUUGUUGGAUAAACCAAUUCGGAAUUGUGGUGAUUUUAAAUGUAGACCCCAGAGAAAUGAGAAUGGUCCCUUUAACAGGAUUUAUAAAAAGCAUUCGCAAUAUUUGUGAUAUUCAUACAAUAGAUAUUAUCGUGAUAAGAGAAGUUACUGAAUCAAAUUUAGCUUAUACCAAACGUGAACUUCGAGAGGCCAGGGCUACAUUGUUAUUGGCUCGUAGAGAAACGAUGAAGGAUGCUUUUAUUUUACUUAUGGACCAUUUGUAUGAAUAUUAUAGCAGAUCAGGAAAAGGAGUAAUCAAAUUUUAUAAUAGGGACGAACUUUAUUAUGAGUUUACUAAUUUUUAUAAUCCAAUAAAGAAAAUAUCGAUAGAUGGUGCAGAUUGGCCAACUACUGAACAUUAUUUUCAAUCAUCAAAAUUUGAAAAUCCAACAAUUCGUAAAAAAAUUCAAUAUGCAAAAUCAGCAAGAGAAGCAUUUUCAAUUGCUAGAUCAUAUGAUAAAGAGAAAAGAGCAAAUUGGGAAUCGGUGGUGUCAGAAGACAGGAAGAUAUUCAAAGAGUUAAUUAUGAAAAAAGCAUUAAAGUGUAAAUUUUCACAAUUUCACUAUUUACGAUUUAAAUUACUUUCUACGUGUGGUGCUGAGAUAAUAGAACAUACGUCGAAUGAUAGGUAUUGGGGAGAUGGUGGGAAUGGUGAGGGAUUAAAUAGAUUAGGUCAACUAUUAAAAGAAGUCAGGUCAGAGAUUUUUCAAGUUGAGCGUGACAGAUUAAUUAAUGAAAACAAUGGAUUUAGAUGUCGGGAUCAAAGAUGGCUUGUGCAUGGAUUACAGUAUUUAAAUAACUUGAACUUUGACAGUGAUAAGAACAAUGUUAAUUAUAAUUGA